GCCUGCAAAAGUUUCUCCUACUAAAAUUCCAAAGCAAAUUUCAUUAAAUUAAGUUUUUCUACAUAUUUUUAGUUCCGUUUUUGGGUCCACCAAUCCCUCUCCACUGUGCCUCGGGACAUUGUUGCCACAUAUCGUCAAUCGAUAAGCUCGGACCGCGCCACUUUGCAACACUUAAUCAUUACUUUCAUAUUUUUGACUUCCCAAAUCAUUUCGAAUUCCACUCCCGAUCCUAGUUAUGUUGUUUCUAAAGGACAAACGCUCCAAACUGGACUUGGCAGAGCACACGGUGAUCAUACCGAGCAUCUGCGUGGGAAAUGCAGCGCAGCUGGCCUGCGACCUGUUGAUCGCAUCCAAACAACUCCGGCGGAUCGGGUCCCUGACCCAUCCGGCCCUGAUCCCAGUCUACGGACCCUCUGCCUACCAGCAUGAGCCUAAUGAAAAGGUCUCCUCCUGCGAACUGUACGAGGGCUCUCAGGAUAAGCUAAUGGUGGUCCAGUUCCGGGCUCCAUGGGUCGCCCGCCACACAGCCAGUUUUCAGAGCGAACUGGUGGAGUUGCUCAAGGGCGCCCGCCGCGUGGUGAUCCUAAGCGGUAGCUUCGGUUUUGAAAAACGUGUGAUUGAGGAGUCGCCAUGGGCAUACCGCGCCAGCGAUAACUUUAAAGAGGCUCAUGCCGCUCAAUUAGGCAACCAGGAGCUGAUCAAGUGGAAGGAACACAAGGGUGAGGCAAUCUAUGGCGGCGGCAAUGCGCUGCAACUGUUCAAAUCGUUCGAUGAGCAGCAGGUGCCCGUGAUGCUGCUAUUCCGCUAUCUCCUCGAGGGUGACAACUCCACGGACGCUUCUCUGAUCGUCCGAGAACUGAACGAGCUGUGCGAGGAUUUCCUCCAGCUGCGCAAUGGUGGCGACGGCAGUUUUAAGCUCACGGUGCCCAAGUCCUGGAACCUUCUUUUCGGCAACGAUGUCACGGAACUUUUGUUUUAAGCGUUUAUAUAUUUCACGGUGGCUUCAAAUAAAUCUUAAUCUUUUGGUGUAGGAUAAAAGAGA